AGAUCAGUGAUUGAAUAAGUGACGCGUGGUGAGAAGAAGAGCAGAUCUUUACCACAAUGACAUCAGUUGCACGACAACCAGCGAUAAAUACCAAACAAUCGAAUUCAUACCAAUUCUGGACAUCCUCUCUCAGGCACUCUAGGGCCGCCCCAGGGUUUGGGAACCGGCGGAUUCUCGGCCGAGUUUGGCUCGGAAAAUGGGGGUGGCUUUAGAAGUAUGAGUCGUGUGUCGACCCUUGAUGACCAGAUGAAGGAUAAUCUGGCAAAACUCCAACUGAAGCUUCUGCAACAGAAGCUGCAGACUCGUCAGAAGCCUAGAACAGUACCAACAAGAACAGUGCCAACAAGUGCAGAUAUGCGCCUGAGAACUGCCAUGAAAGAUAGAGAAAAACUGCUUGCGGAGCUACGGAUGGAAAAGUUGAAGGAGGAAUCUAUGGCAGCCGAUAAUGGACUGCAGAGGCCAUACCUGUCCACAGACGAAUACCCGCCGUACACAGGCAUUCCAGGCACAUACCCGGCCAUGCCUUAUUCCUCGGUGGGUGCCAGCAGACACCUGGACGGACUGGAACACGGACUGUCGUUGGACAAGAGAUACAAUUUUGGCGACUUAGCUCUACAGAGCUCCCUUUUGCCCGUAGACAGGUUUCAAGCCAGAUCCCGCUCAGUCGCCCAUCCCUUCAGAACUACGCCCAGUUUCCCGCCUCCGCCACCCUCCUUCGCUCCUUAUCACAUGUACGGAGGAGGCAGCGGCUACCAAAUGCCACAACAGAGCAAAACUUCUGAGAUGAUGGAGAUGAUGAUGAUGCAGAAUGCACAGAUGAACCAGGCCAUCAUGCAGCAGAUGAUGAUGAGCAGCAUGGCCAGCAAAACAAACAACAGGAACCAAAACAGCCAGAGCUCUCCAGAAGUGCGGUUCCUGCCUGCACCGGGAGCAGCAGGGGGUAUGGUGCCACCUGGUAUGGGCUUCCCAGGUCCCAACAGCAAUUUUAAGCUGCCAGCUCUAUUCUCAGGACAAAUGCCAAACUCAAGUACAUUCAGUCACCCCGCACAAGGGCCUGGAGAUUUCCCGACAGAAGCAGCCCCAUUCACAGUUGAACCCUAAACGUGCCGUUUAUCUUAAUCGUGUCGUAAAAUGAAUAACGUUCGAAAAUUGAAUUGUAAAAAAUCUUACUAUUGAAAUUUGUAGAUACAUUUUUACACAAGCAAUGCUUGUGUUAUAGUAUGAACUACCUUUUUUCCAACCUAAGUCGCAAAUAUUGUUGCGAUAAAAUGUUUUCAUAUUGGAAGUGUUCAUUUUGAUCAAUAAGCAGCUAUUAAGUACAGCCAAUGCUAAGGAUAUUCACACAGACUAUUAUUGUUCCGACUUUUGUUACGAAAGAAACGGAAAAUUUGUGCUCGGGUUUUAUUUUCAGACAAAUUUCGACUUUUUAACUAGCCAUUUUUGACGGAACUUUUUAAUAUCAUUCAAAAAGUAUUGUUGUCCUGAGCUUAAAUUUGGAAAGAUAUUUCAACUGUGAUCAUAUUUUGUAAAGUAAUGGGGGUUUAAAUUUUGCCAUUUUGGCUAAUUUGGUUAACGCGCGACAUAUUUGGCGCUAUUAACGCGUGAGCGGAGAUUUUAAUCAGUCAUAGAAAUCUAUCCAAAUUGGUUGAAGGAAGCUUAUUUGCCAUAAUUGAUUUGUUACUAGGAGCGAAAUUUAUCGCUUUGUACUUAAUAUGGCGUGUGGGGGAUGAUUUUCACAAAAAAUCUCAAAUUAAAAAAAUAUAUUCAUUUAUUUUUUUUACAUUUAAUUUUUUUCAUGUUAAUACUGCUGUAAAAUUGAAGCAUGUUAGUUGGUAAAAAAUUUUCAAAAUCAAAUGGACUGGUACUGCUAAUGCGUAAUAAUUGGCAUGCGUCACUUAAGAAAUUUUGUAGUUUUGCUCAUUCAGUUUUUCCCAGUAGCGUUAUCGGUCAUAUUUUUGCUUGUGUAUGCGAAUUGCAACUUCGCCUCUGUGUUAGAUAGUUAUAAUUCAAAUUGUUUGUCAAUUGUUGCAAGAAGAGAAUUUUCAAUGCAUAGGCAUUUGAGAGCUUACGAGUGAUUUUUCAGGGCCUCCAAUUUUUAACGCUCAAAAAUCCACAUAAAAAUUUGACGUAUAAAUUCGAAUUCUUUAGCCAUUAACCUUAGGCAAAAUAUCACUCGCAAGAUCAAAUUUUGCCGUGUGGAUACUAACAUGAGCCAACAGCGCAAGUUUUGACUCUUUUGUAGUGUUUUGAGGAGUUUUUUCGAGGCACAUGUUAAAACAUCUUUAAAUCUAUUAUAUAUUUAAAUGCGGGCUUUACUAUCUCGCCAUGUUUAAGCUUUUUCAACGUAUUAUUUUUGCAUGUUUAAGCUAUAUCGUAUAUUGCAAUGGUUAAGAUUUUUUUUCCGAUUUUCCUAUUUGUAUUUAGUGGUUAUUUUACCGAGUUUAAAUUAAGCAGCCCAAUAUCGAAUUAGGGGUUGCGAAUUUGGCCUCCAAUUUGAGUGCCCGAAUCAUUUUAGUUAACGAGAUAAGACGAUUUUUGAGAUUUUUCAGAAAACUUAUGUUAUUUUUUUUCGCAAAAUCUGAAAUUCCCAAACCUGUAGUUGGUUCCUGUCCGAGUAUUCUCAUGGAUUGCGAAUCUUGCCUCCAAAUAUGACUGCUCAAUUCUUAGUAGUUUUCGAGAUAUGAUAUUUUUUUAUGAUUUUUUCAGAAAAUUUUAUUUAAUUAUUUCUCAAAUUUUGAAUUUCCCAAUCUUGUACUUGGGUGCUGUCAGAGUACUGUAAGGAGUUACAAAUCUUGCCUCCAAAUAUGACUGUUUAAAUCUUUGUGGUUUUCGAGAUAUGACGUUUUUUGUGAUUUAAAAAAAAAAUUCAGACAACUUAUUAAUUUUUUUUAGUAAAUCUGGAAUUCCCAACCCUGUAGUUGGGUCCUGUCAGAGUAAUCUCUAAGAUUGCGAAUCUUGCCUCCGAAUAUGAUUGCUCAAUUCUUUGUACUUUUCGAGAUAUGACGUUUUUUUGUGAUUUUUUCAAAAAUUUUCAGAAAACUUAAAUUAUUAUUUGUUUUUAAAAAUCUGAAAUUCCCAACCCUUUAGUUAGGUCUUGACAGAGUAAUCUCAAAGAUUGCGAAUCUUGCCUCCAAGUAUGACUGCUCAAUUCUUUGUAGUUUUCGAGAUAUGACGUUUUUUGUGAUUUCUCCAAAAAUUUUCUGAAAACUUCAGAAAGUUCUAAUUAAUUGUUUUUUCAAAAUUUGAAAUUUCCAACGCUAUAGUUCGGCGUUGUCAGGGAACUCUAAAGAGUUGCAAAUCUUGCCACAAGCGACUGCUAAAUGCGACUGCUCUAAUGCUUUUAGUUUCCGAGAUCUGGCGUUUUUUGACUUUUUCAAAAUUUCUCGAAGAACUUUGAAAAUACUAACUUGAUGAAGAUGCAACCUUAUUGUCAGCGUACACCCAGGCGUCUCAAAUCUUGCCUCUUAACAUGAAUGCUCAAAUCCUUUUAGUUUCCGAGAUAAGAAGUUUUUUUUUUUCAUUUUUUUUUUCGGGAAACUUAGGUUUAAAAAAUUUCACAAAAUUUUGGGAUUCCUAACCCUAUAAUAGGGUGCUCUUAGUGGUUGCAAAUCUGGCCUCCAUAUUUCUCCAGAGGCACAUUAAAUUUUCGAGAUGACGCUUUUAAAAUGGGAAUUAAAAGAAUGUAAACGUUCGAAAUUACCAACCCUGUAAUUGGGUGCAGUCAGAGUACACUAAAAGUUUGCAGAUGUUGUUUCCAAUAUAUGCGGUUUUUCAUGAGCUGUCAUAAAAUUUUGAAGCACCGAAGGUGCGUUAAACGCUAGUUUUUAUUUAAUUAAAAGUGCUCAUUUGGUGGCAUAAUAAUCACGGUCUUGCAUUGGAAAUUGCAUUGAAGGAAAAUUUAUCAAUUGGAAGCGAAGCCGACCAAAUUUGCUUAGACGGCAGAGUUUGGUUAUUGAAAAAUUUAAACUGUUUUGUUUUUGUCCCUGGUGUGCUGAUUUACUUGAAACGAAAGCCUAGAACUUAGAUAUAUUAGAUAGUAUUGAAAACAAUAUAAAAAGAAUUUCAAAAAAUUCAAAUGAUUUUCAUUCCCAAGAGGGCGCUAAAAGAAUCGAAAACCAAUUUUACUGUAGUAAAGCUAAGUUUCCACGGCUGAAAUAAAAUCGUUUUAUUUAUAUUAUCCUCCUCGUUUGGCUGGGUGGUUAGUGCGUGAGACUCGAAAUCUCUUGAAUGCAGUAAUUCGCUGAUCGAAUCCUAGACGUAGUCGAAUUUCGAGGCACAUUUCUAUUUUUUCUUUUUGCAAUUUCUGAAGCUGCUUUUUGUUGUUCUUUUGCUAUUAAUUGCGAAGCGAAUCUUCGCCUUUGUGUAUGAAAAUAAUGGGAUCGUUUUUUUAUUAAUUUUUCAAUUUUUUGUGACGCUUUCGAAAAUUUAUUCACUUAUUCAAAUUCUAGUUUUUCUCAGAUGACUCAACCGAUUUCCGAAACGUGUAACCAAUGGGAAGUACGCCCACUAUCCUUUUUGUUGCCUGUGUGUUUGGGGAAAGUGUGUUUGGGGAAUUUUUUACUCUUUUUUUUGGAUUUUUUAAUUUUUUUUCCAAAAACUACCCUUCCAUAUCUGAUUUUGAUUUCAAUCAAACGCAAAGGCUAUGGGAGGCUCCAUUGCAUCAGCGGCUACGCCCAAAUUUUUAUCCCUCAGAAAUGGCCCUCAGAAAAGUCAAAUUUUUUGAUUUUUGACUUUUUUUGAACUUUUCACAGAAACUACCCUUGAAAUCGGAGGUUUUGGUUUCAAUGGGUAGAACGGGUCGUGAGAAGUUUCCUUGUUCAAAAAGUUAUGGCUUUUGGAUAAGUCAAAUUUAUCGAUUUUUGACCGUUUUUUUUUAAACUUUUUAAUCGAAAUCUGAGAAGCUCCCUUGCAUCAGCGGCUACUUCCUAUUUUUUACACAAAAAGUUAUUGCCCUCGGAAAAGUAAAUGUUUUGAUUUCUUGUCCGUUUUUUGAUACUUUUUGACUCUUCUCGAAAACAACUCAAAAUGAUAUCAAUGAUUAAAUCUCGGCAACGGGUUGUGGGAAGCCGCCGUGCAUAAGAUGCUACGUCUUAAAAUUUGUUUAAAAAUAUUUCUCCGGGAAAUUUCAGAAAUCAAAAAAAUUUUCACUCAUAUUUUAAUAGAGCAACAACUAAGGUUUUGAAUAAGCCCAAUUUUUGUAUUUUAAAGUUACCUAUUUCAUCCCGCAUCAGUAAAACAAAAUCAUAAAUCAUCAAACAGGUACCUCCAGCUUUAGCUGGGCCUCUAGUACCGACUUAAUAAGACUUUAAGAGCAAUUAAAUCCAAAAUAAUGAAAUAUUAUCAAUUUGAAAACGGACUGUAUUCGCUAAAAAAGCAAGUUAAACAAAUUGGGAUCUAAAAGUGAAGUCUACAUUUUCUACGACUGACAAACUCCUGGGGCAAAAUUAGGAAAAAGUACUAACAAAAAUUAUUGAAAUAAAAUCAAUGUUUACCGAUAAUAAAUCGAAUGAACUACCACAAAUUUUUAUGGUAAACGAGGAAAAUCGUGUUACUGAGAAAAUUUUGCAGAAAACGUUGAUUAAGUUUAUAAUUGUGUAUAGACGAACAAAAUUUUCGCUUUCUAAUUUGGUUUCUUCCAAAUUUUUGUCAUGCUCUUUUUUGUGAACUUUGGCAGUUUGAUUUCUAUCCUGUCCAAUCCUUCAUUUGGCUGUUUGAUUUUUUAGGCUCACCUUUUGGAUUUUGAUUCAAAGAGGAGCUCAUUAAACUGUCGCUGACAAAUUUGGGCGACUGCUGACUGCACUUUUAAUUUUGAAAUUGGAUUUUUUCAUGGAUUAUUGUCAAUGAAGUAAUACAAAAAAUCAAAAUGGGUAGUUUUCUAGGGUUUCUGGGCAUUAAUUUUUUUUCCGGCUGUCUGUUGUCUAGGCUGCAAAUUCAAGACAGUUUCAAAUUCGAUGGAUGCUCAGCCAAUGCACUGAGAUUAGUUAGUUGAGGGAUUGCUGUAUAUGUUUAAUUAAUUCCCCGUAUGUCAAAAACAAACGUAUUUUUUCUAACUAUUCCUACCCCCAUUCUGUUUCGAUAUCUUUUCAGGUACUCCAUUGCCAGUUAACUUGCAAAUUGUAAAAAGUGUUGUCUGUGCAAUUGGAAAU